CUUGGCAGGGAGGAGCGCCCCAACUUCCUCUCUGCCCUUCCUGUUGUAUCAACUCCAGCUGGCACUCUGGGCAGUGCCAGUCAGCCCCAAAGAAUCAGCAGAGAGCUGCAGGGUCAGGUUACUAUGACAUCGUGGGGACAUCACAUGGACCGGUCUACCAUCUACCAAGUCCUUACUCUGUGCUACGUGCUUUAUACAUAUUAACUCUUCAAGGCCUCCCCAAACUGGUGAGGUAGGCUCACCUCCGUAACUCACUUCUCAGAUGAGGAAACCUAGAGAGAGAAAGCCAACCGAAACUGCUCACCCAGAGUCACAGAGCCCAGUUCCGCUUAGGGUCACUGGCUGUCCUGCCUUCCGACUCUCCCAAACCUCAGAUUUUUGGAUGGUGAUGUUCUAGGGCCCAGAGUUCCAGAGUGGGACUAACACAGCUUGAAAUUCAGGUCUGUUGCUUGCUUAGCUGAGUCAUCCUCGGUGUCUGGGGUUUGGAUGGAGAACUCUUCUCUCGGCUACGAGUAUGGGGAUUACGGCGAGAUUCCAGAUCUCCCUGUGGACUGCGUUGAUGGCACCUGCGUCUCCAUCGAACCCCUCCACGUGGCCCCACUCCUGCUGUAUGCCGUCGUCUUCCUGGUGGGGUUGCCAGGCAAUGCCAUGGUGGCCUGGGCGACCUGGAAAGAGGCCCGCCGGAGGGUCGGUGCCACCUGGUUCCUCCACCUGGCCAUGGCGGACCUACUCUGCUGCUUGUCUCUCCCCAUCCUAGCGGUGUCCGUCGCCCACGGGGGCCGUUGGCUGUAUGGGGCCGUGGGCUGCCGGGCCCUGCCCGCCGUCAUCCUGCUGUCCAUGUACGCCAGCGUCCUCCUCCUGGCCACUCUAAGCGCUGACCUUUGCCUGCUGGCCUUCGGUCCCAGCUGGUGGGGUGCAGCUGGGAGGGCAUGCAGGGUGCAGGUAGCCUGUGGGGCAUCCUGGACACUGGCCUUGCUGCUCACUGUGCCCUCAGCCAUCUACCGCCGGCUGCGCCAGGAGUAUUUCCCACACCGGCUGGAGUGCGUGGUGGACUAUGGUGGCUCGACCGUGGCCAAGAACUCAGUGACUGCCACCCGGUUUAUUUUCGGCUUCCUGGGGCCGCUGGUGGUCGUGGCCAGCUGCCAUGGUGCCCUCCUGUGCUGUGCUACCCGACGCCGCUGGCCACUGGGCAUGGCCGUUGUGGUAGGGUUUUUUGUCUGCUGGUCCCCCUACCACACGCUGGGGCUGGUACUCACUUUGGCUGCCCCACACUCCGUGCUCUUGGCCCGGGCCCUGCGGGCUGAACCCUUGGUCGUGGGCCUGGCCCUUGCUCACAGCUGUCUCAAUCCCAUGCUUUUCCUGUAUUUCGGGCGGUCUCAACUCCGAAAGUCUCUGCCAGCUUCAUGUCGCUGGGCCCUGAAGGAGUCACAGAGCAAUGAUGAAAGUGUGGUCAGCAAGAAAUCCACUGGCCAAGACCUGGUCUCAGAGGUGGAAGUGUAAGCUAGAGGGAAAUUGGUUUGUAUCCUCCUCUCCCACUUUACAAGACUGGCUUCGGGCAUAGCUGGAUCCAGGGGCUUAAUGAUAUUGUCAUUUAUUCCUUGAUUCAUUCAACAAAUAUUCAUUAUGCCCCCUGCCAUGUGCAGUGCAGAUAUAGGACAUUUCCAUCAUCGCAGGAAAUCCUAUGGGACAGGGCUGCUCUAGAAUCUCACCUGCUCAGAUCUUUUAAAUCACAUAGCAGUGACACCUUCAUGUAGAGUCAUUACUCCAGGAUAGCACUUUACACGUAGUUUCUACUUUAAGGUAAUUCUUACAACAACCCAGGCAGGCAGGGGGAGAUGCUUCUUUUCAUAAGCUGAGGCCCAGGGAGAAGAGGUCAUUUGCCCAAGAUCACACAGCAAGGAAGUUAUAGAGUUGAGAUUUGACCCCAUGUUUACUUGACUCCAGUGCCCAUGCUGUUGAUCACCAAACUUUUCCUUCAUUGCCUUGUUCAAAUAAUAGUUCCUCCAGGAAGCUCUCCCUGAUUCACUCCCCUCCCAGGGAGGAAGUAGUGUUCUGUUCUCCAAGUUUCUGGAACAAAAAUUCCCAGCUAAACUGUAAAUUUCCUAAGGACAACAUCUGGGCCAGUUUAAUUUCUGUCUCUCCUCCACCCAUCCCAAGCCUUAAAAAGAGACAAACUAUAUUUGUCUACACCUUGUUUUUUUCCAACUAGAUUGUGAGCUCUCCACUGGUGGGGAUCUCGUUCUUUCUUUUUCUGCCCAUUUUAAUUUUUUAAGUUUUAUUUUUUUGUGGGGGGGAUCUCUUUCUUGCUAUCUUUUUUUUUCUUUAUCUGAUACAGAGACACUUAGUAGGUCCUCAACAAGACAUAUUUUAUUUUUUGAUAUUUUAUUCAGAACUCUCACGCGGGAAUUAUUAAGACCAAGACUGCCUUGUAGAAUGAAUUAUGUCCUGUGACAAUUUAUAUAACUUCAUGAAAAGUUGGGAGAAAUCCUGCUGUUAAUCCAUUAAGGCCAGGUGCCAUUUAGGAGAGUUCUUCCUUGAUACAUUUACAAAGAGUCUUUUCUGUUUUUUGAAAUUUAUUUUCCUUUCUUAUUGCAUCAGCCUUAUUUUUUGUUAAGAAGAAUCAAUUUCAUGAAAGCUUUCAGAUGUAUUUCUGUGGAAUUUUCCAUGGAACUCCCUUAAUCAUUCAAAAUAAUCCUGUGGGCUUCCCUGGUGGCACAGUGGUUAAGAAUCCGCCUGCCAGUGCAGGAGACAUGGGUUCGAGCCCUGGUCCGGGAAGAUCCCACAUGCCGCGGA